CCUUUCUAGGGUCUCCUCGCCGAUCUAUUCCCCAGUCUAUUCCCCGAUACGGUCACCAGUAUACUCACCACCAUUGUCGCCUGUGUACUCACCGGUCUAUUCUCCAGUCCGAUCUCCGAUCUAUUCUCCAAUACGAUCUCCUGUCUACUCUCCAGUUAUCACACCAGUGCCGACACCAGUUUAUUCGCCACCACGGCGCUCAUAUGUUCCGCCGUUUGAGCUGGGGAGCUGUACCAUAACGGCCACUGUGAGUGCUCCGACAAGUACACGAGUUGUGCGACGAACUGGGAAUGCAGAUGCGGUAGCGGCUGGCGCCACGCUCGGUGCGUUUGCUGGUGCUGCACUGAUGACCGCGGCCCUUAGUUGAUAGCCUUGGUGAGGCUUAUUAUGUAUCGAAGGUAGACGCAGAGACAGAGAUGAUUGAAACGAUUCCUUGCUAGUUAGCAGGGAAUCGCCGAAGAGCAAAGAAUAACGUAAACAAGAAGUGAGACACGAAGAUACAUGUACUUACACUGAUUAUUGAUUACCUUUACCACCGCUUUCGGCACGACAGGCUAAGGCUGUCUACUUGGUUCACAAGGAACGGCACCAUAAGUAUAUCAGUACCCCCGAUUUCAGUGUUUAAGUUUUGAUGUUUUGUUUGUUUUAUGACCACUUAGUCGUUAAGGUUAAUCAAAAGUUGGUAGUAAGUUGAGUUGGAACACAGCACAAAGUAAAGUGACGUUCCCGUGCCUAGUGGAUUCCUACAAUAGAGUUAACCCGCCCCUGCUGGUAGUCUAGGAGUACUAUUACAGACUCAAUGAAGAAGAUGUUCUUCGAUCCUAAGAAGUAGGAAAAACAAGUA